CAUGCAUUACACAUCAUGACCUAAAUUCCACUACCAUGUUAGCCAUAACACAGAUAUGCAGGCAUCUAGUUUUGGCUUUAAAACCAGGCCUCCUGAAUGCCUUGGCAGAAAGAUGGGUGUCAUUGAUUAUCUAGACACGAUAUUAGCCCCUCUGAGUCUCUUCCUCAUGGUUGGUUACCAUGCCUAUCUAUGGCAUUGCUUCAAGAACAAACCAUCUCAAAUUACUGAAGGAAUUGCAGCAUUGAAGAGAAAAACAUGGUUUGUACAAUUGAAAGAGGGUGAUAACAGGACUGGUAUGCUAGCAGUGCAAAGCCUGAGAAAUGCUCAGAUGACAACUAUAUUAACUGCUGCAACAGCCGUUGUCAUAAACCUGGCACUGGCUGCUUUGACCAACAACAACUAUAAAGCAAGUCAUCUCCUCAGUGGCAGUGCCUUUUUUGGCUCACAAUCUGGGAAACUCUAUGUUCUGAAAUUUGGGUCAGCCUCGCUAUUUCUCUUGGUAAGCUUCUUAUGCAGCUCAAUGGGACUUGCAUUCUUGAUUGAUGCUAAUUUCUUGAUAAAUGCUGCCUCUCGUGAGUUCUCACCAUCACCUACAUAUACACAAACAGUAUUUGAACGAGGUUUCAUGCUGGCUCUUAUGGGCAAUCGGGUCCUAAGCAUCACCUUUCCUUUAUUGGCGUGGAUGUUUGGCCCAGUGCCAGUAGCUUUGUCCUCUGUGGCACUUGUUUGGGUCCUGCACGGGCUUGAUUUUCCUGGCAAGAGUAUCUGUAGUGAAAUGUAUUCAUGAGCCAGUGGGCAUCUUUUGAAUUCUUUGGAAUAGUACAGCAUCAAUCUCAAGAAACAAAAUGUUCUUGGAACUUGACACGAACCAAAACUUCAGAGAAAACCUGAAAUAAUACGAAUACGAGAGCACAAAUCAAAAGCCUGAUGAUUCGAGAAAUGUGCGAGGGCUUCCUUUCGAUGGCCAUAACUAGCUAGAGUGAUCAUUUUUGUACUGAGGUUAAUCUUGCAGGCAAAACACCCAUUUCUGCAACACUAACUCAUCUGCAGGACCAUUUCACCACAUAAGUGCCACUUUGACUGC